AUGAUAGGACCAAGUAUUGUUCCCUGGGGAAAUCCAGAACUGACAGAAGACUAUGAGUAGGUGGUACCAUGCACUACAAAGCGUUGUUGCCAAUUUGUCAAGAAGUUUCUAAACCUUUGCAACAGGUUGCCCUCUAUUCCAUAACCUUUCAGUUUGAGGAGCAGGCGUCAAUUAGGCCCUUUGGAACUGGUAUACGUUGUGCAGAUCAUCUAACAUACAAGUCUCUGGUACUGUGCUGCAAGACGAAGCUCUAAAAAUAGCAGAAAAUUGGGAAUUGAAGGAUUCACCACUUCCAAUGGUUUGCUGGAGUGUAGUUUGCGAGGAAGGAGAUGUUAAUUCUAUAACCUUUGAAAGCUGGAAAGAAAAGUCAAGAAAACUGAUUAGAGGAAGGAAGCCAGAAAAUAUUUGUAACAUUGACGAAACUGGCUGUUUCUGGGAAGGUCUUCCUGAGGUGAGCCUGAAUAAAAAGGGAAGCAGGUGUAGUGGCGGGAAGCAGUCGAAUCAGCGAAACAAGUCAAUGCGGCAGGUGGGAAAGAAGAUCCUAUCGUGAUUCGCCAGUCAGAAAAGCCUCGAUGUUUAAAAACCUAAAAGAUGCUAGUCGUCCAUACAAAUGUCAUUAUUUUGCAAAUAGGAAAGCGUGGAUGAAUUAAGACCUUAUGAUAGACAUCUUGGCGACCUUAAACCGUCGUUUGCAGCUGAAGCAACGGAAGAUUAUGCUUUUCACGGACAACGCCCCCUGCCAUCCAGCUAGUUUACAAGGUAAAUUUUCCAACAUAAACAUUGUGAUUUUACCAAAAAAAAAACAUCGAAGACACGGCCACUUGAUAGCGGCAUAAUCGCAAGUUGGAAGUGCAGUUACAAGAAAAGGUUGUUGCGUCAUGUUUAUAGUAAAGUGGAUGGAUCAAACAGUGCAAGCGACAAGCGAAAUCUGUCAACUCGUUGAUGACUAUCGAAUGGGCAGGCAUGGGAUGAUGUCUAAAGAGAAACGAUUGUCAAAUGUUUCAAAAGAACUGGGUUGUACCCCAAUGAAAUUGAGGAGGAGGACGAUCCUUUUGGGGGAGAAGAACUUUCAGGAUUGCAGGAACUCGUUACGGCGAUGGAAGCAUCCUGUACUGCAGAAGAAUUUUUAGCGGCUGAAGACGAAAUUGACAUAUUAAAAUAUGCUCUGGUCUCUUUGACCCAGCAGAUCCAAAAUGGAGACAAAAGGCAAGAGAAUAAAUCUUGA